CUAUAAAAUAUGCGGAUGGGUUUGGGGUCUCGUGUAGUUUCGUACUCGACAUGCUUCUAGUGGGCAGAGCAUGACAUUAUUUUUUUAAUUUUUACUCACAGUAUAUCAGUCACGUGAUGUUUACAAAACACGCAGCUUUUGAAAUGAACUGGCAUUUUCGGUAACCAGCUCUGUUAAUUAAUCGCGUCGUUUUUAAAAAAUCCGCGAGUUUCUGUGGAUGGUAACCGGUUACUUGAGCGUGGGCCUUAACUAUCAGCGAAGAUCCUGGGCGCCUCGUCUUUCUAAAACUAACGUUGAAAUCCUGUCUCUCAAUUCUUAUCUUUCUAUUCAGAAUUGCUUAGUCACAUACAGUUUGGCCUGGAUUGAUUUACUAAAUGGAUUUUGUUUUUCUUAUUUUAUUGAGUCUUGCUGUGUUCAUUGUAAUACUUAUAGCAUGGGUAAAAUUCAUCAAAAUUGGGUCAGUCUGUGAGGUCGAAGUUGAUCUUACUGGAAAAACGGCUGUUGUGACAGGAGGGAAUCGCGGCUGUGGAAAACAUAUUGCAAUCGGUCUUGCAAAAUGUAAUGCAAGAGUGAUCAUCGCUUGUAGAAAUGUUUCAAAAGGUUUACGAGCUGUGGAGGAGAUUCGACUGCGAAGUCACAAUCGUAAUGUGCAUUUGAUGAAACUUGAUUUAGCGGAUUUUGAGUCUAUUAAAAACUUUGUGAAAAUAUUCAUCUACGCUGAAUGGUGUUGCCAUAUUUUAGUGAAUAAUGCAGCAAUUGUGGCAGAAGGGGAAACUAAAGAUGAACUUGAUAUGAUUAUCGGGACAAAUCAUUUCGGACCUUUCUUACUGACAAAUUUAAUGUUGCCAGUUUUUAGAAAAACAGCAAAGAAUUCUCCAGUCAGAAUUGUUAACCUGGUAUCUGACAUUCACAAACUUGGCAAAAUAGAUUUAGAAAAUUUGACUUCAAUUACAAAUCGUGAGAUGUACUCAAUUCAAGUUGCUCUCCAAUAUGCAAACAGCAAGUUAAUGAAUGUAUAUUUUACAACUGAACUUUCAAAAAGGAUUAAAAAUGAAAACAUCACAGCCUAUGCGGCCCAUCCUGGCGCUUUUAUUAGUCACUUAGGAGAAAAUCUCGCUGCUGAACGUGGGUUCCUCAUAAGUACAAUAAGAUAUUUAGUUAUGUUGAUUUUUGGUCGUUCACCAUACUAUGGAAGUCAAACUCCGCUUUAUUGUUGUCUACAACCUGGUCUUGAGAAAUUUUCUGGUAAAUACUUUGUGGAUAUGAAAAUGCAGGCGUGGUCAACUGUAGCGAUGAAUAGUGAAGUUGGGAAAAGACUUUGGGAAAGGUCUGAAGAGUUGUGUGGCCUGGGAUAGAUUCUUGGUGGACUAAUAUAGCAUAACUAAUCCCAUACCCGAUAUGGAAUGGUAACUGGACUAGGCCGUGGUUCGCCAUAUGGUUAAGCCGUCUUAUAUCGGCUUUCCUCUACCCCGGGAUAAAUAUGUCCAUCCUAUCUCUAAGCAUUGCAGUUUUUACUGAAUGUGGUUGCUGCUCGCCACCCUUCAUUGCUUCUGUUAGAAUUAUUUCCUAUUCAUAUUUUAUUAAAUUUUUGUUAUCAAUACCUCAGUUAAAUGUCUCAUAGGGAGAGUUCAAACCUAAUGUUUAUUUGAGAUAAAUCAAUCAGGCAGAAUUAUCUCCUUUAUAUUAAAAUGGUGCCGGUGCUGCUUAUCAUGCUUCAAUACUUCUCUUGGUUCUAUUAUUUAUAUCUGAACGAAUCUAUGUUACCAAUACCUGUUGAUUGUCCUUUUGUUUUUAAAUGUGCUACACUGAGAUGUUCAGUCCUAACUUUGUAAUGAUUGUCCCAUUCUAAUGUUUAUGUAAAAAGCAAUAUAUCACAGCGGAAUAAGUUCCUUUGUAGAGAAAUUGUACUUUUGCUGCCUGUCAUACCUCAUUGGUUUUCUUGGUUCAUCAUCCAUUUUUAUAUUAUUAGACCAAAUACCUCAUUCUUGAAAUGUUACUACAAUAUACCUCAUUAUACAUCCAGUUCUCGGCACUCUUCUGUUAAGCUACAUCAUGCUAUCCAUAACCCAAUGUAUGUUUUUGUAAUUUUGUUGUUCAAUUCUGAUUUGUUUAUAUUUGCAAAAUGUUUUCUUAAUCUCAUUUUCAUCGAUUCCAACCAUUUAAGCAUUGAUACAUAGAUGACCAGAUUUCAUCAUCUUAAUUAUGAAGAAAAAACAAUGAAAAGUUUUUUCUACUAGACUCAGGAAAUUAAUAAACAUCUGGAAUAUCUGAAUUAGUAAAAUGAAUCAUUGCCGAUUUUGCAUGUAAUCUGGCCCCCUAAAAACGGCCCUGAAACAGUGAAUUUAUGAAAAUACACAUAUAGGCCAACCCUACAAAUUGUACGCUCUUAUCGUGAGAACUUGGCAUGGUUUGAGUAGUAGCUGCUGGAAUCAAGUUGGCAUAGUGUCUUUUCGUCUGAGUGCAAUCAGAAUUAUGCGCAUUGCAGCUCGUAUAAUGACAACUUUAUUUUGAGUUUUGAACCUGCUUCAAUUUUUAACCCAAACGUGUGCACAACCGCACUCUAAUCAUGCAGGCCUGGCAAUGAUUAUCUAAAUGUAUCACACUUUUCCUUAUUUAUAUAUCAGCUAAUUUAAAUACUUAUUAAUAACACUAUUUUAACCUUAUUCACUCUUACCUCAAGCAGAAAA